GUGCAAUUUACCUGGCAAAGACAUGUUCCUGUGAACUCGAAAGUGCGACUGACAAUACACAAUAGAUACAAUUUCUUGUCUUAUCACUUAAAAAAUUAGUGAUUAACUCAAACGGUUAAAAUGUCCGAAAAACUGGAACAGAUUGAAUCGGGGUUUGAGUUUUUACGGGACGCUGCCAAACGAAAUGAACAUCUAACAAAGAACUUGACUGGGAUUUUAGAAGAAUUUCAAGAUCGGGUAGGACGACUUCAAGAAACCAUUUUGCCAGUUUAUCAACAAACCGAAGCUUUGAGGUUGAAGCAACAAAAUUUGGAGAAGACGUUGAAACUCGUAGAUGAGGUGGUCAACUUUUAUAGUGUCAGUAAAGAAGUUGAUGUCAUCAUUCAAAAUGGUCCUUCCGGUGGGAACUUGGACACGUUUCUCCAAGCGAUGGAAACUAUUGAAAAUGCUGUGAAAUACUUUGAGAAAAAUAAUUCACAAUCUGUAGAGCUGGAAAAUUUGUUAUCAUUAUUCAAUACUGGAUCAGACGCCUUGAGCAAAGAGUUUAGAGAUAUGCUGACGAGACAUUCGAAGGUUUUAAAUGCUGUAGCAAUCCUGGAAAUGAUUGAAGAAGAUUACUCUAGCCAACAAAAUUCCAGUACCUCCAUGCCUGAGCAUGUUCAAGGAGAUUUGAAGAAAAUCGCAGAAUGGUUAAUGUACCAUAAUGUCGAUACUUACAUGAAUAUAUACGCAUCGUUAAGGUCAAACGCAUUACAAAAAUCCUUGCAAGGGUUGAAGGAUUAUCAAAAGUCAAGCAGCCUAACAAUGGCAACAACCGGAUCGGCUGUGGCCAGUCCUUCUUCUCCUGUGAUGCGACGGUCAGGAAAAUUCGACACACCCAGCAGUGCCGGAAAAGGACGACGGAUUCAAAGUGCAUUUAAAAUGUUGAAGAAAGCCACAACAGAUCACUCACGAGGUUAUGGAUAUGGACUCGGCUCCAAGAAAUUUGAGAACAAAGAGGACACCGUGUCCGACAGAGAAUCUGAAAACUUCUUGAUAUUAACAACAGCGAUGUUGAAACUUAUGCAGAUUGAAUCUCAACUUAUGCUUGGCAUUAUUCCCAUGCAACAUAGGAAUAAAAUUUUUGAAAUUAUUUCUCGUGAUAGUUUCGACUUGCUGUUUGCCGAUGGCGAGAACAUUGCAAGUAGGAUCAAGAAAAGUAUAAGCCGGCAAGAAUUCUCAGCAAUCCUGACCUUAUUCCCGAUCAUUAAAUGCCUGCAGACCUUACAACCUAGUUUCGACGAGAUUUUUGUUGGCUCUCUCCAAACAGCAAAGGCAAACAAGUUGACAAUAUUGCUCAAAACAUUUCAGACAAACGGAAUGAGGGCGCUUGAAGAGUUCAUCGAAAAUGUUCGUAAUGAGCAGGCAUCCCAACUACCAAAGGACGGCACGGUUCAUGAGUUGACGAGCAAUGUUUUGAUGUUUUUGGAACAUUUAACUGAUUACAUGGACACCGUGGCUAACGUUCUGGCACAAGAUCCCACAUAUAGCUUGACGCCCUCUCCAAGCAAUAAAGUUUUGGACGAGAAAACGAAGCGUGGUUUACUAGGUGCUUACAUGAAACGUGUCCUUCAACAAUUAAAUCUUACCCUCGUAACGUGCAGCGACCUGUACUACGAUCAUUCCAUAAAGGCAGUUUUCCGACUAAAUAAUGCCUGCUACAUUUUGAAAUGCCUUCAAGGAUCAAUUCUCCUCGACCUCCUUAAAACAAAGGAGCCUGACUGCCAACAGAAUUACAUUGAAAUGAUGGAGGACCAGCGGAAGGCCUAUCUAAUUGCAACGUGGAAGAAAGUUGACUAUUCCAGCAAACUAUUCGGCGCAGAUGAUAUCCCAGUCGCAGUUCUACAAGCAGGCAAGCUGAGGGAUAAGGAUAGGCAGAUUAUAAAAGAUAAGUUUUCUGCAUUCAACCGAGAAAUGGACGAGAUAUCAAGACUCCAGCAAGGAUAUUCAGUACCAGAUCCUGAACUACGAACUCAGCUACAAAAGGCUUCUCGAGACUACAUCAUACCAAAGUACAAGGAGUUCUUUGACAAAUAUUCCAACGUGCCUUUCACCAAAAAUACGGAAAAGUAUGUGAGAUUUACUCCAAUGUCAGUGGCUGACAACAUUGACACUUUUUUCCUCCAAAAUUGUUAAACUCUUAUUAUUAGUUAAUAGAUCUGUCCACUUUAUUAUCAAAAUGAUGAGUCAACAAACUGCUUAUUUUUCUUGCAGUCUGCAUUAUGUACCUAGUUAAGCGCAACAUAAUCAGUUUACCAAAGUUCAUAGUAUAAUGUUAUCAGGUUAGUCACUGCUAGUAGUAGUAUAUACCUCGUUUAAUUUCUCUAGUUUUUUCAGCAUUGUUUUAAAAAAUCUUGUAAAUUACAUGGUAGAGGUUCCACAAAACAAGAGAUUAGAUGCAGCAUUGUGCAUUGUUUGAGGCAAUAAAGCUGAUCGCAUUUUUACUUUUUGUA